AUGUCAGAGGGAAAGGCUACGUCAGAAAUAACAAAGGUGAUUCUUCCUAUACCGUUUUUACUUGAACAACAAGACGUUCACCAAGAUAGUUUCGAAAAUUUGGAAUUGGAUACAAACAUAUCAUCAUCAGCAACGACAGAUAACCAUCAGCCAGCUAUAGCGCAGAAACAAUCAUUGGUACAAUGCCAUCCACCCAAUUUACAGCAUCAAAAACAUGUUGAACUCGCUAAACAGCAACCACCGUUAAGGGUCAAAAGACAAACACGAACGAGGAAUUACAAAGUAUACAAUGGCAAGUCCAUUUUCUUUUGCGGUGGACGCUUUUUGACAAGCAGAGCAUUUUGGGCAUUUAGUAUCUCGAUCGCCUUUUUGUUAGUGCCGUCUAUUUUAUUCCUCAUUUUUACCUGUCCUUGGUUAUGGCAUCAUAUAUCACCAGCAGUACCUCUUAUAUUCGUAUACCUCUUUUGCUUAACCCUUACGUCAAUGUUGAAAACCUCGUGGACGGAUCCUGGCAUCCUACCUAGGAAUUUGGAUAUGGACAGCCUUAUCCAUGGUAAUGAUGCUUACAAUUAUCGAUAUUCAGUAGAUGUGGAUCGUUUCCCAUUACCCAAAGAAGUGACGAUCAAAGGAACUUCUGUUCGAUUAAAGUACUGUGAGACAUGUUGCAUCUAUAGACCACCCAGAGCAAGUCACUGUAGACAAUGUGAUAAUUGUGUAGGCAGCUUCUUUAUUGCAAUAUUUUGCUUCUUGCUUCUCUUUCCUAUUGGAUGCUUAACAGGCUAUCAUUGCUUUUUGGUAAUGAGAGGAGUCACUACUCACGAGCAGCUUCGUGCUAAUUUAGCGUCUACGCCUUUUGAGGAUCACCCUUUUGAUUUUGGCAACCCUUUCAAGAAUAUGCUUCAUGUAUUAUGCAGGCCUCAUAACAAAAGUUAUAUUGCAAGACGAAAAUUUGCAGAGGAAAUUGUAGACAUUACUGUUAAUUCAUCCAACCUUUCUACAGCUACUCAAGGAGAAAUCAAUCAAGUGUCAACAUUUGAUACAAUGGCAGGCUCCAAUGUCCCACUUCACUCAAAACAAGCUUAA